AUGAAUCUGGACCCAAACGAAAGCGAUGGAGAAGACAACGCCGUCUCGGGGACGCGUCGAGUUCCCGAGCAUAAGCUCUCUUGUGACCAAUGUAGACAAAGAAAGAUCAAAUGCGACCGUGGAGAUCCUUGUGGACCAUGUCGACGAAAGGAUAUUCGUUGCUCAUUCCCCACUGGCUUCAAGCCUCGAGCAAAACGCCAGCAGGUCCUAGUAUCUGAUGGCUAUGAAUCCAAAUUGGAUGCCAUUUCGCAAAAGCUUGAUCGCAUAAGCCUCGCUGUCGACAACAUCACUUCUUCUCCUCAGCAGUUGCAAGGAGGCUCGUCAGCUGCUCAUACUACUAUUAGUUCACAAGUUAGCCCAAUUUCCCAUGCGAGCUCCCCGUCAUGCCAUGUUGGAACAGGCCCGGAGAAAGGCCCAGAGUUCGAAGGCGAUGUCACGUUGACGACACAGGCUACAUUUGCGACAGAUUUCUUGCAGCAAUUCGUUGACAGCAAUCAGCCGUCGCAGACGCUUCCAGAGAUAAAGAGUCACCUAGACGCGCUGCGCAAGAUCUUGGCGGGCAAAGAAGUUACAGCUGACGAGACGCGUCUUGUUGAUACGCAACGGAUAUUGUCACCUCAAGAACAUGGAGGGUUUCAGCUCCCUCCCGUCAACCUAGCCAUGAUGGCUGUGCAGAGACUGAGAGAGUCUCCCAGGUUACAGCUAUUCUGGCGCGCAGAGUUCCACAGCAUCAGUCAAUUUGUCGAGUAUCUCAUGACAGUCUACUUUGGCAAGCCUACCCUCGCUGAUCUCAUCGUUACGCAUGUUGGCUUGAUGAGCCUAUUGCACGAAUGCAACAACGUCGAGACUGAACAAGUUCUUAAGAAUGAGUUUGGAUCUCAGGCGAUGGUCUGCCGGCGGAACCUGGAGUCUAUCCUGGCUAGCCUUCCCUUUAAUAUGCCCUGCACACCCGAUUACAUACUCGCCCUGUUCAUGGCUUCAUCCUACCAUCUCGAGCAUUGCCGGAUUUCUUUGUCCUGGAAUACUCUUGCUGCAGCAGUACAAAUGUGCCAGACACUAGGUUUCACCCGGGAACAUCUCCCAACGCCAGAGUCGAGAGAAGCAAAGCAACGACGGGCUAAACUGAUAUUCUACAUCCAUCUUUGCGACAAGAUGCUCGCUUUGAGACUCAGUCGGCCAGUCUUGAUCCGAGAUGGAGAAAUCACCAUUAACUUUGAUGCUUUAGAGGCCGAUAGAGGAGACGGACCUACUCCGAUCAUUGCGAAAUGGGCACGAUUUUGCAGCCUUCAAGGAAGAAUUUAUGAUAUACUCUACAGUCCGGGGUCUUUACUCCAUUCGGAUAUUCAGAGGGAGACGAAUGCGAGGAGACUUGCGGCUGAGAUGGAGCAGCUGUUCCAAACAAAGAGUCUGACAGAAGAACACUUAUAUGAGUCGAUUAGGGCAAGCAUCGGCGAAAGCCAGAGCGAGAUCUUCCGCAGGACCGAUCAGGUCGCAUACUAUUCCAUGCGCUGUCUAGUGUUCAGAGCAGUGAAACCUGCGUCUUUGACAUCCUCAGCAUUUUGCGAAGAAUGCCUGGAAGCAGCCAAGAAUGGUCUCGAGCAACACAGGAUUUGUUUGUCAAUGCUCAAGAAUGUUGAAACCAUCGUCUUUGAGGGACUCAUGGCGGUACCUCUGGUGCCAUUCAUGGUCUUGUUUUGCCAUGCCAUCGAGACUUGCGACCCGACUCACUUGGAGCCUCUUGCAGCGGUGGUUAAAACGGUCGACAUGAUACCCCCAGAUCUUCCAAAUGUGUACAGAAAGCAGCUUCAUUUGUUCAAGCUGAUGUAUGAAGUUGCCUGCAAGUAUGUGGGCUCGAGAUCCAAUAAUCCUCCAGUGCAGGUGUCAGGACGCAUACCUGAUACACCAUUUGAGAUGCUGUUUUACGAGGCGGGGGUUCCCGUGCCCAGCCACCUGAACAUGCACGCAAAUAUCCAGGGCUUUAACGAUGACACACAGCUCUCAAAUGAUAUUAAUUACGGGGGCUUAUCAACAGGACAAGCUGGGAAUAUGAUGGCGGGAAGCCUUGACCAUAAUAUGGAGCUGGGGAACUGGUUUGAGCAAAACCAAGAGAUAUUCAUGAUGCUGGACAACAACCAAUCAUAG